GUGACACUGAGCGGGCGCAGGGGGCCGAGCCGGAGACGGUGCCUUGAGUUGGGGAGCGGCUACAGAAGGGGCAGAGACACUCUGAGCAGCCUCGUCGUGGCCUCUGCGUGCCUGCCGACUGACGGGGCGCCCCCUCCCCUGCUCCUCCGUGGCUGGUGAAGAGGCUGCGCGCUGCUCUUUGGGGAGGGGGUGUGUGGAGCCGGGUCCCGAGUCCGCAGAGACUGCUGUCGGGGGGUCGCCUGACCGCGGAGGUGUGGACAGACUCCUCGGGGGGUCGCGCCAGUAACGGGGUCCGGGUGUCUGGUGUGUGACCAUCCCAGGUCUAUUCUGGAUAGCAGGUUUUGUGAAGACAUUUAUUCUUUCUUGGACCUCAGAUUUACCAGACAUCUCAUGGGUUUGUGGAUGCACUUAGAUGUUUGCAAUGAGCACUGUGGCUGGCAUGCCCCAGUGUUUUGGAUACCAAUGCAUAGGACUCCAUAGUAAUCGAAUUUACCAGAGGCGAACGUCAUGAGCAUAGUCAUCCCGUUGGGGGUUGAUACAGCAGAAACGUCAUACUUGGAAAUGGCUGCAGGCUCAGAACCAGAAUCCGUAGAAGCUAGCCCUGUGGUAGUUGAGAAAUCAAACAGUUAUCCCCACCAGUUAUAUACCAGCAGCUCACAUCAUUCACACAGUUACAUUGGUUUGCCCUAUGCGGACCAUAAUUAUGGUGCUCGUCCUCCUCCAACACCUCCGGCUUCCCCUCCUCCAUCAGUUCUUAUUAGCAAAAAUGAAGUAGGCAUAUUUACUACACCUAAUUUUGAUGAAACUUCCAGUGCUACUACCAUCAGCACAUCUGAGGAUGGGAGUUAUGGUACUGAUGUAACCAGAUGCAUAUGUGGUUUUACACAUGAUGAUGGAUACAUGAUAUGUUGUGACAAAUGCAGUGUUUGGCAGCAUAUUGACUGCAUGGGGAUUGACAGGCAGCACAUACCCGAUACAUAUCUAUGUGAACGUUGUCAACCUAGGAGUUUAGAUAAAGAGAAGGCAGUGCUACUACAACGCCGGAAAAGGGAAAAUAUGUCAGAUGGUGAUACCAGUGCAACUGAGAGUGGUGAUGAAGUUCCUGUGGAACUAUAUACUGCAUUUCAGCAUACGCCAACGUCAAUUACAUUAACGGCUUCAAGAGUUUCCAAGGUUACUGAUAAAAGAAGGAAAAAAAGUGGGGAGAAAGAGCAAAAUAUUUCAAAAUGUAAAAAAGCCUUUCGUGAAGGAUCUAGGAAAUCAUCAAGAGUUAAGGGUUCAGCACCAGAGAUUGAUCCUUCAUCUGAUGGUUCAAAUUUUGGAUGGGAGACAAAAAUCAAAGCAUGGAUGGAUCGCUAUGAAGAGGCAAAUAAUAACCAGUAUAGUGAGGGAGUUCAGAGGGAGGCACAACGAAUAGCUAUGAGAUUAGGCAAUGGAAAUGACAAAAAAGAAAUUAGUAAAUCAGAUUUGAAUACUAAUAAUAUACUCUUCAAACCUCCUGUAGAGAGCCAUAUACAAAAGAAUAAGAAAAUUCUCAAGUCUGCAAAAGAUUUGCCUCCUGAUGCACUUAUCAUUGAAUACAGAGGGAAGUUUAUGCUGAGGGAACAGUUUGAAGCAAAUGGGUAUUUCUUUAAGAGACCAUACCCUUUUGUGUUAUUCUAUUCUAAGUUCCAUGGACUAGAGAUGUGUGUUGAUGCAAGGACUUUUGGGAAUGAGGCUCGGUUCAUCAGGCGUUCUUGUACUCCCAAUGCAGAGGUGAGACAUGAAAUUGAAGAUGGAACUAUACAUCUAUACAUUUAUUCUACACAAAAUAUUCCAAAGGGAACUGAAAUUACUAUUGCUUUUGAUUUUGAUUAUGGGAAUUGUAAGUACAAAGUGGAUUGCGCAUGCCUCAAAGAAAAUCCAGAGUGCCCUGUUCUAAAACGUAGUUCUGAAUCCACGGAGAACAUCAAUAGUGGUUAUGAGACCAGAAGGAAAAAAGGAAAAAAAGACAAGGAUAUUUCAAAAGAAAAAGAUACACAAAAUCAGAAUAUUACUUUGGAUUGUGAAGGAACAGCUAACAAAAUGAGGAGUCCGGAAACUAAACAGAGAAAGCUCUCUCCACUGAGACUUUCAGUGUCAAACAAUCAGGAACCUGAUUUUAUUGAUGAUAUAGAAGAAAAGACUCCUAUUAGCAAUGAAGUAGAAAUGGAGUCAGAGGAACAAAUUGCAGAAAGGAAAAGGAAGAUGACAAGAGAAGAAAGGAAGAUGGAAGCAAUUCUGCAAGCUUUUGCUAGACUUGAAAAAAGGGAGAAAAGAAGAGAACAAGCGUUGGAAAGAAUAAGCACAGCCAAAACUGAAGUUAAAACUGAAUGUAAAGAUGCACCAGUGGUCAGUGAUGCAGAGGUGAUUCAGGAGCAAGCAAAAGAAGAAACUGCUAGCAAGCCAACUCCUGCCAAAGUGAACAGAACUAAACAGAGAAAAAGUUUUUCUCGGAGUAGGACUCACAUUGGACAACAGCGCCGGAGGCACAGAACUGUUAGCAUGUGUUCAGACAUCCAGCCAUCGUCUCCUGAUAUAGAAGUUUCUUCACAACAAAAUGACAUUGAAAAUGCUGUACUUGCAGCAGAGCCUGAGGCAGAAACUCCACUAGCAGAGAUAAUUACCGAAACUGAAGUUCCAGCACUUAAUAAAUGUCCUACAAAGUACCCCAAAACAAAGAAGCACUUGGUCAAUGAAUGGUUAAGUGAGAAGAAUGAGAAGACAGGAAAACCUUCAGAUGGCCUUUCAGAAAGGCCUCUCCGAAUAACUACAGAUCCUGAAGUGUUGGCUACACAGCUCAAUUCCUUACCAGGCCUCACUUACAGUCCUCAUGUUUACUCUACUCCUAAGCAUUAUAUUCGAUUUACUUCACCAUUCCUUUCAGAAAAAAGGAGAAGAAAAGAACCAACAGAAACCACUUCUGGCUCAUGCAAGAAGCGAUGGUUGAAACAAGCACUGGAAGAAGAAAAUUCUACAAUUUUACAUAGAUUUCAUUCACCCUGUCAAGAACGUUCUAGAAGUCCUGCAGUCAAUGGUGAAAGUAAAAGUCCACUACUAUUAAAUGACAGCUGGUCCUUUCCAGAUUUAACCACACCACUAAAAAAACGAAGACUUUAUCAACUACCAGAUUCCGCUUACUCGGAGACCUCUACACCUACUCCAUCACCGUAUGCUACACCAACUCACCCAGACAUUACUCCUAUAGAUCCAUCAUUUGCCACUCCACCACGGAUAAAGUCAGAUGACGAAACUUGCAGAAAUGGUUAUAAACCUAUAUAUUCACCAGUUACCCCAGUAACUCCUGGCACACCAGGAAAUACGAUGCACUUUGAGAAUAUUUCUUCUCCAGAAAGUUCUCCAGAAAUUAAGAGACGCACUUAUAGUCAAGAGGGAUAUGACAGAUCUUCAACCAUGUUAACAUUGGGGCCUUUUAGAAAUUCUAACUUAACUGAACUGGGUCUUCAAGAAAUAAAGACUAUCGGUUAUACCAGCCCCAGGAGUAGGAAUGAAGUCAGCAGGCAGUGCCCUGGAGAAAAGGAUGCCAUGUCAGAUCUUCAACUGGGACUUGAUGCAAUUGAGCAAACUGCCAUACAUAAAAGCAUGGAAACACCUACACAUGACAGGACUGAGGCCAGUAGCCAACUGGAGUCUACCCACUCUGCACGAAGCAUGAUGUAUUCUUCCUGGGUAAAGAGUCCUGAUAGAACAGGCGUUAACUUCUCAGUAAACUCCAACUUGAGGGAUCUGACACCUUCACAUCAGUUGGAGGUUGGAGGAGGCUUCCGAAUAAGUGAGUCAAAGUGCCUGAUGCAGGAUGAUACUAGAAGCAUGUUUAUGGAAACAGCUAUGUUUUGUACUUCAGAAGAUGGGCUUGUAGCUGGUUUUGGACGGACAGUUAAUGAGAAUUUGAUCGACGGAAGUUGCACACCCCAGAAUCCACCACAGAAGAAAAAGGUUUCUCUAUUAGAAUACCGUAAGAGACAACGUGAAGCUAGAAAAAGUGGCUCUAAGGCAGAAAAUUUUCCACUGGUUAGUGUAUCGCCUCAUACAAGUGGAAACUUGAACCACCAUGGUGAUGGGUGUGCCAACACUAGUGAAAAUGGGGAGCAGGUAGAAAACACUGCUAGCCUUCCUUUACCAACACCAGCUGCUGCUUACAAUGUUGCUUCUGAAGAAACCAGCAAUAACUGUCCCGCUAAGGAAGCUUCUACUAGUGAGAAGAAUGAGCCAGAAGUUCAAUGGACUGCAUCUACGUCAGUUGAACAAGUGAGAGAAAGGAGUUACCAGAGAGCUUUACUUCUUAGUGAUCAUCGAAAAGAUAAAGAUAGUGGGGGAGAAUCACCCUGUAUCUCAUGUUCACCGAGUCAUGUUCAGUCUUCACCUUCAUCUCAUUCAAAUCACAUUCCCCAGUUGCAACCUAAGGGCCCAGUCCCUUCUUUCUGUGAACUUAUGGAAGACCCGGAUUCUGAAAAUCCGGAACUCACAACUACAAAUGAAUGUCCAUCCCCAGAUAUUUCUCAAAAGACUUGUAAAAGCCCUUCAAAAGUGAGCAAGCCUGGUUCACCUGGACCUGCUCAGUCACAUGGGAAAAUACCCAUAAAGCCAGAUCUCCACUGGGAAGCAACAGUUACUGCACCAGAAGCUGAGAAUGGUGUGCACCUAAAAACAGAGCUCCAACAAAAACAGCUAUCAAAUAAUACUCAAGCACUUUCAAAAAGUCAUCCUCCUCCACCACACCCUCGAAGUUCAUCUGAGCAACUGUCACAAAAGCUGCCUUCUGCACCAAUGAAGUUGCACUGUCCUCCUUCACCUCACUUAGAAAACCCUCCAAAGUCCUCCACGCCUCACACACCUGUACAGCAUGGUUACCUUUCACCAAAGCCUCCUUCACAGCAGUUAGGAUCUCCCUACAGGCCUCAUCAUUCACUGUCACCUCAAGUUGGAACACCUCAGCGAGAGUCUCAGAGAAAUUUUUAUUCAGCAGCACAGAACCUUCCAGCCAAUACGCAGCAGGCAACUUCUGGAGCAUUAUUUACACAGACACCCUCAGGACAAUCUUCAGCAACAUAUAAUCAGUUUAACCAACAAAAUUUGAACAGCACGGCACCACCCCCUCCACCCCCUCCGCCUCCUUCUUCAUCUUACUACCAAAACCAGCAGCCCUCUGCAAACUUUCAGAAUUACAGUCAGCUCAAAGGUAGUCUUUCCCAACAAACUGUGUUUACAUCGGGACCAAAUCAAGCACUUCCUGGCACCACGAGCCAGCCGACAGUUCCAGGACACCAUGUUACUCCAGGGCAUUUUUUGCCAUCUCAGAAUCCUACUAUUCAUCAUCAAACUGCUGCUGCUGUCGUUCCACCCCCUCCUCCACCACCACCUGCCCCAGGACCACACCUUGUACAACAGCCAAAUUCCCAUCAACAACACUCUGUAGCACAUGUAGUAGGGCCUGUCCAUGCUGUGGCUCCUGGGUCACACAUUCAUUCUCAAACUGCUGGGCACCAUUUACCACCACCUCCUCCACCUCCUGGUCCUGCUCCUCAUCACCAUCCACCCCCACAUCCCUCCACAGGACUCCAAGGUCUACAAGCACAACACCAGCAUGUUGUAAAUUCAGCACCUCCACCACCACCUCCACCUCCACCAUCCAGUGUUUUGGCUUCUGGGCAUCAUAGCACAUCAGCUCAAACCUUACACCAUCCUCCUCAUCAAGGACCUCCUCUGUUUCCUUCAAGUGCUCAUCCAGCUGUUCCACCAUAUCCCACACAAGCUACACAUCACACCACUCUGGGACCGGGACCCCAACACCAGCCUUCUGGAACAGGGCCACAUUGUCCAUUACCAGUCGCAGGUCCUCAUCUCCAGCCCCAAGGACCAAACAGUAUUCCAACGCCUACUGCUUCAGGGUUCUGUCCUCAUCCUGGCUCUGUGGCCCUGCCACAUGGGGUUCAAGGACCUCAGCAGGCAUCUCCAGUGCCUGGACAGAUUCCAAUCCACAGAGCACAGGUGCCACCAACAUUUCAGAACAAUUAUCAUGGUUCAGGGUGGCAUUAA